CACCUGUCUUAGCCACGCCCAUACCUGCACAGAAGUUGUUAUGCUACCUGUUUAUCGGGAGCGAGCUCGGGGGUCGCUCUAUUCUAACGAUGAUUAUGACCAGAACACACUUUCGGUUGUAUGUUUUGUUUUGGACAUGUAUUUCUGGGAUCGAAAACAACGAUUUCAAUGGAUUUGGAUCAAGACCUUCUAAAUACUCUAUUGUAAGACCCCAGGUGGUUCACAGGUGGAGUAGGAGCAUCAACAGCCAGAUAAGCUCUCAAGAGAAGUAUGGAGAUAUCGUAUUGUACAAACUCAUCAUAAACAACGCUGAACACAUCCUUCAUCUUGAGAGAAACAGAGAUUUUAUUCACCCCAACUUUGUCCAGUAUUCAAGUGGUGCCAGUGGUAACUACACUGUAUUGUAUCCAAAACAGGAUGUGCAUUGCUAUUACCAUGGGAAGGUAGAUGGGUAUGCACACUCUGUGGUUGCUCUCAGCACGUGCUCAGGCCUCAGGGGUGUGCUCAUCCUUGGAAACCAGACAUUUGGACUUGAACCUGCAGCUGACUCGACCACUAAUGAGCAUCUGCUGUACCUCCUGAAGGACUCUCAGUCUGAGCCCGUUACUUGCGGAGUUGUUGAUGAAGAGACGUCAACACUAACACAUGAACCUUUUGAACCUCACAAAUCAUUGGCUUCCCUUUUGAGGAGAAAACGCAACUUACCUCAAACCAGUUAUGUGGAGCUGGCACUGGUUGUUGACAAUCUUAGAUAUAAUUAUAAGAAAAGAAAUGAGACUGCAGUACGAGACGAGAUGGUGGCACUGGCCAAUCUAAUGGAUGGAUACUACAAGCAGUUGAAUAUUCGUGUAGUGCUGGUGGGACUGGAGAUUUUUAAGGACGGUAAUCCUUUUGGUGUGGAUGGCGGUGCCGGAGAUGUUCUGGGGAACUUUGUUCAGUGGAGGAAGACGGUUCUGUUGCCAAGAAUCAAAAAUGACGCAGCUCACCUUAUUGUUGGUCGGACCAGUUCAUACCUGGGUGGUGUGUUAGGGAUGGCCUUUGUGGGCACAGUCUGCUCUGUAUCCAGUUCUGGAGGGAUUAAUGUAUACAGUGCAGACAACUUGAAUUUUUUCUCCACUGUGGUGGCCCACGAGUUAGGCCAUAACCUGGGCAUGAAUCAUGAUGACAACCGCUGUACCUGUAGUGGAAAAAGCUGCAUCAUGUCAGCAGCAGCCAGUGGUUACACCACAUUUAGCGAGUGCAGCUCACAAGACUUUGAGUCACUGAUUUUCCGUGGAAGUGGGGUGUGUCUGAGAAAUCCGCCUAACCCUGCAGAAGUGAUCGGUACCGCCGAGUGUGGCAACGGCCGGCUGGACAAUGGAGAAGAGUGUGACUGUGGCCCACCAGAGGAAUGCAAGAACGAAUGCUGUAAUGCUGCUACCUGCAAACUGGCAUGGGGAUCCCGUUGUGCUCAAGGAGCCUGCUGUGACAAGUGCCAGAUGAAAGUGGCUGGAACACCAUGCAGAAGCUCUGUCAACGCCUGUGAUCUUCCUGAGUACUGUAAUGGCACGAGUGAAUAUUGUCCCAGUAAUGUCUACCUCAUGGAUGGACUUCCCUGUGAAAACAAUGCAGCAUACUGCUACGAAGGUCGCUGCCAGACAUAUGACUACCAAUGUAGAGAGCUGUUUGGAUCAGAUUCUGCAACUAAGGCAGCAGAUAUUUGCUUUCAGUAUGAAAAUACAAAAGGAAACGUUUUUGGAAAUUGUGGAAUCACCAGCAUUGGACAAUACAUCCCAUGUAAAGUAGCAAACUCCAUGUGUGGAAAGGUUCAGUGCACUAAUGUCGAUUUGAACAACCAUCUUCCUAACGCCCAAAUCAGUACCGAGACAAUUCAAGGAUACCGCUGCAUUAAUGCAGACUUCAAUCUCGGCACAGAUGUGCUCGAUCCAGCCUACGUCAACCCUGGAAGUCCUUGUGCUGCAGGAAAGACUUGUCUGGACUUUCAGUGUGUGGACGCUUCAUCUCUUCUGCCCAACUUGACUUGUGACGCCCAAAGCACCUGCAAUGGACGAGGAGUAUGUAAUAAUUUGGGACACUGCCACUGCAUUGACAAUUGGGCACCACCCUACUGUGAUAGGUCAGGAUGGGGUGGUAGUGUUGACAGCGGUCCUGCUCAAAUAGACUACUCCCUCAGGAACGGCCUGUUGAUCUUCUUCCUAUUGGUGGUUCCUCUUCUUGUUCUUCUCAUUCUGGUUCUCCUCUACAUGUUUAAAAGAGAUUCCUUGAAUGUCUGCCUACAAAGAGCGCAUAAAUCACGCAAUGCAGGAAAUGGAAAUGCAAAUGCACAAUCCAACGGUAACCGUCAAACCAAUGCCACAGUCCAGCCUCCUCCUCAAGUUCCACCUGAGAGGCCUACAAAUCCACCAUCUACCUCAGUCCCAGCCAAUGGUUUCAGGUAUGGAGAACUGGACUAUUGGAAUUUAGAAAAAGAAAAUCCUCUGGCUUGUCCACCUCCUGUUCAGGGCCCGGGAAUGCCAAAACCAUUCCCUACAACACAGCAACCAGUUUGAUGUUCUGUCUGUGUGUCUGUCUGUCUGUGUGUCUGUCUGUCUGUGUGUCUGUCUGUCUGUGUGUCUGUCUGUCUGUGUGUCUGUCUGUCUGUGUGUCUGUGUGUGUCUGUGUGUCUGUGUGUGUGUGUGUGUGUGUGUGUGUGUGUGUGUGUGUGUGUGUGUGUGUGUGUGUGUGUGUGUGUGUGUGUGUGUGUGUGUGUGUGUGUGUGUGUCUGUGUCUGUGUCUGUGUCUGUGUCUGUGUCUGUGUGUGUGUGUGUGUGCGUGUGCGUGUGCGUGCGUGUGCGUGUGCGUGUGCGUGUCUGCGCGUGUCCGUGUGUUGUAGAAGAGGUUUCUAAAACAAUGUGACUUUUGAGCACCUUGAUGCAGGCUGUAGUAUUGUAUGGGUGGACCACUACAAUGAGUAUUUGGGUUUUAUUUGUUCCUUGUUGAUCACUUUAAAAAACAUGUAAAACUGAUCUGGAGUUUUUAAAGAUAAUGUUUUACAUUUUAUGUCCUUUUUCCGAGAUAUUUUAGAUUGUUGGUUACUCUGAUUAUUGAUUGUGUAUUAUUGUCUAAAUAAUUGUAAUAAAAUAUAGUUUAUGGGUUAAAUUGUUUUAAUGUACUUGUUUCUCAUAAACCACAUUAAUUUCACACGUGGUCAUAAAGACAAGAACCAGUAAAGUGCAUGAGUGUCUGUACCUGUUUCUGCAUGUUUAAAUAAUGACCUGUGUCCCUGCCUGCGUUUAUUCCUUUUUUAAUGCUUUGUAUCGACACAUAAAAUAAGUGCUUUCUUCCACUAAAAAUAAAGAAUAUUCACUUACUCUCA